UUUUGGUGAGGCUGAGAUGGCAAUGGCUCUCAAAGCAUGUCUUUAGGUGUAUAUGAAGGCAUAUCUCUCCUAUAUAUCUCUCUCUAACCAUCUCAGUUUCCAUCAAGCAGAGCGAUAAUGACGACUUUUCUGCUCUCACUCGCCUUUUUCCUUGUCUUUCUCCCCAUCCAAACGGUACUUUCUUCAUCAACGGAUUCAUUUGUCUUUGGAGGCUGCACCCAACAAAAAUACACACCUAACUCACCCUACGAUUCCAACCUCAACUCCCUACUCACUUCCCUGGUUAACUCAGCCACUUACUCCUCCUACAACAACUUCACCAUCAUGGGCUCAAGUCCCCAAGACGUUGUCUACGGCCUUUACCAGUGUCGUGGCGACCUGUCCAUGCCCGACUGCGCCACCUGCGUUGCCCGUGCAGUGAGCCAAACCGGUAACUUAUGCCCGACCGCAUGUGGUGGCGCGGUUCAGUUGCAAGGCUGCUACGUCAAGUACGACAACUCUACGUUCCUAGGAGUUGAGGAUAAGACUGUGGUGCAGAAAAAGUGUGGGCCGUCCGUGGAGUAUGAGAAGGAGUCUGAGAUUGUGGGCCGUCGAGAUGCGAUGAUGGCUGGAUUGAUGGGCGCUGGUGGCCCAUUCAGAGUUGGUGGGUCAGGGGAAGUCCAAGGUUUGGCCCAAUGUGAGGGGGAUCUGAGCGUUGGUCAAUGUCAGGAUUGUUUGUCAGAUGCCAUCGGACGGCUGAAAAGCGAAUGCGGAGCGGCUGCUUAUGGUGAUAUGUACUUGGGCAAGUGUUAUGCCAGAUUCUCCACUUCUGGGGUUUCGGAUAAUCACUAUUUUGCUAAAUCCCAUAAUGGUAAAACCUCUUAA